CGGACUAUACCUCAUCUGCACUUCCUUCCUUCGUCUGCGAAUAGUGGCUUUCUGUUGUGUUGUUAUUGUUUUUGUUUAUGUUACCCCUAGACAUAGAAAGAACGAAUUCCCCCGAAUUUCCUUCAUGGUCGUGGUCAAAAUGGUGAAAUUCUGAUUGUUUGGUGUCAUCUCUCAAUUUGAAUCAGUGUCAACCAUGGAUGAGGAGGAGUUGGAAAGGUUAGCUGCAGAAGAAUUGCUUCGAGAAGCCAAACAGGGUGCUGCAAGAGCAGUUGUUCAUGGAGCUUUGGGAUGGAAAGAUAGCAAUGCUCCUCGACCCAACAAACGGUUUCUCACCACCACAUUAGCUCAUACAAUGCAGUAUAACCAUAGAAGGUCUAGAUCUCGUUCUUCAUCCCCACGUCAUAAACCUAAACGUAGAUCUAAGGAGAGAAAUUCUAGUCACGAAACUUCUCACAAAGAGAAAAGGCAGCAUAGAUCCAAAGGUGACCAUAGAUCAGAUCGUGAACAUAUACGAGAUAAAAGUAGUAAAAGGGACAGGAGUGAUUCUAGAAAGUAUUCAAGGAAACAUGAUAAAGAAGAGAGAAGGGAGGAAAAGAAACGCCAUAAAGAUAAGAGAAGUCGUAGCAAUUAUUAGUUUCUGAAGUUGUUGUUUGUUAUAACCCUUUGGUUUAAAAAAAAAUUGAGACUGCACCUAUUUUUUUGUAAUUCAGAGUAAAUUUGAGAAUUUAUAUUUAGAUGUCUCCAUGUGGAUGUUAAAGCAUCUUUAGUUUUGACUCAUGCACUGUUAUUCUCUUUAGUGAAUUUCCUCAGCAUAGCAAUGAAAAUAUAAUUCAGAUUUAUAUCUGAAAGUGUAAGUUUGUGUUACCCACCUCUUAUUUGUGAAUAUAUUUUGGCACUUGAGUGUCCUUUCUUAAGGAAAUUCAGCAUUGUGAGGCCGGUAUCCUGGUAAAUUGUCUGUAUUUUGUAACAUUUGAACUUUAAUAAAUGUUUUAAGCACCAGA